CGCUCUCAACUCGAGUGGAGAGUUUUAUCUAUCAGUUGUUCAUAGCUCACGCUCAUGUGAGUUAAUCCAAUAUAGUUUGCUAACCGUUGCAGAUAAAGAGAGUGGUGUACCAGAGAGCAACGCAACGUAACGCAACGGCAGACACAUUAAUAACAAACAAAAACAAACAAAUAAGCAACAACAGCAACAAAUAAAAACUACUUCAGUACGGAAAAACCUGAAAGCUUGCAAACAAAAUUUAGUCGUAAGCCAACCUUCGGUCAGCGUAGCAGUUAGCUUUCGUCGUGCAGCAAUAAUUAUUUGAUUUUUGUUGUUAUCCAGUUUGAACCGGUUUACAACGCAGCGACACCGCCCGCGCUAAUUAAUAGCUAAAGUAAAUCCGUAAAAAAAAAGAACAAUAAAAUAUACCAAAUGCCGUACAUUAUCAUACGCGGCAAUCUAGCCUCUUAUAGUCAUAAAUAUCCAUGGCGUGUGCUCGUAUCUGGACUGAAAGCUGACGACAUCGAACAGUUAAACAAGUUCUCCUGCGGCGGCUACAGCGAUGAGUCCACAAUCGUAUAUCUAGUCCAUCCGUGUCGCAUAUUAUCAGCUUUAGAGAUUUUGGGUUUUCGCGUUGUGGCCAGUUCAUCGACAGCCGUUAAGCAGGACUAUAACGAAUAUAUGUGGACGAUGCGCAAGGAGUUCGUCGAGCCUGAACCUGAAUCCGAAACCGUAUCCGUAGUCCGUGAGAAUUUGUCCAAUAUAGGCAGAGAGGCGGCCAGUUUAGGCAAUUAUCAUAAAGUCGAUUCCCCAGAGUAAAACUCUCCCCCUCUCUGUGUGUGUAUGUGUGUGUGUAAGUGUGUGUGCGUGUGUAUAUGUGUGUAAAGA